CGCCGGCCCGCCCGGAUGGUGCCGCCCACGCUGGAGCUCGCCGCGCGCAGCGGGAAGAUGGCGGCGCCCAGGGCGGCGUGGAACGGGCGGGACGAGCCUUGGAACCGGCUGGACGUGCCCUGGCCUGCGAACAGCGCCACGGUGCCGCUGGCGGCCCAGCACCCCGCAGUGAGGUUACUGUCGGCGCUGCGGCGGCGCUGCGACAUCUCCGGGAAGCGGCUGUCGGGGCCGGGCCUGGCCGCCGAGGGACGCGUCCUGCACGCCGUGCUCUACGUGUACCAUAGCCGGCUGCUCCGGCACCGGCCCUACCUGGCCUUGCAGCAGGUAGAGCAAUGUUUAAAGCGCCUAUGGAAAAUGAAUCUGGUGGGCUGCCUGGAAACUCUGGUAGGACUGAUUCCCAAGAAAAAUGCAUCUAAAGCCCAGGCAGAGUGCUUGGUUCCCAGCCAGCCUAUUCUGGAAACGGUGGCUUUGAAGGUAUUGGGAGGCUGCAAGCUCAUACUACGUCUACUGGAUUGUUGCUGUAAAGCUUUUCUCUUGUCUGUUAAACACCUCUGCUCGAAGGAAUUCAUACUCCUGAAUACUGUGGCUUUGGGGCUCCUAAGCCGGCUCUGGAUCCAGUACAGGUGCGUAUUGCAGACCCUCAUGUCCUUGUACAGUGCCUUGUCAACAAUGCUUCAUCUGGUAUCUGAAACCCAAAAGACCCCUUAUAUCAAGGGGUUUACCUUCCCUUCUGAUGUUGGUGACUUCCUUGGAGUUAAUGUAUCUUCUGAAGCAAAGAAGCAAAAGGCUAAAAUGCUUACAGCAAAAAAAUCUACCAGCUGGAUGAAGAAGUUCUUCCCAGCAAUGCCAGAGGCAGUAUCAAAGGUUGGGAAAAAGAGAAAAUCUGAGACCUGUACAAGUGCUGUGAGAAACCGUAGCAUCCUGUGCCCCGUGGACAUUGGAGAGACAGUUGUGGUGCCCACAGCCAGGAGAGGGAAGCACCCAGAGUUUGAUGUGAAAAGCUUGCUUAGGCCAUCCAGACAUCCCACACAAGAGGGUCUGAGCAUUGCAUCAACACCUUUUCAAGCAAAGGCAUCACCACUUUUGUCUCAGAUAGUAAAAUCACAGCACACUGGAUCUCUUGUACAGAUGGUCCAAACAGCUGCCUCAUUUGGGGAGCUGUCAGAGGCACUCAGAAAAGCUAUUCUGUGGUGCAAAACCAACAAAUUCAAAUCAGAAGCUUAUUUUCUGCGUAACAAGUUGUUGAAAAGCAACCGGCUACACCAUGUGGAGGCUCAAGGAUGCAGCUUGAAGAAAAAGCUGCACUGUGUCAAAACAUCUGUCUGUAAAUACCUCCUGUACGGGUCACAACACAUGCGCUGGCCAAGGCAGCACCUGCAGGCACGCUUCUGCCGAAGGAGGAUCAGAUCAUCGGCACUCUUGAAGACAGCUCCCAAGACUGGUGGGCAAAAGCCUCCUGAGCUUUUUGGGGUGUGUGAGAAGAGUGCAUCGCUCAUCCUCCCAGCUUACCAAGAUGGGUCUCCGAGUCAGGAAGAACAUUCCAGCAUUGAUACAGGACAUGUCAGACUAAGCACAACAGGGACCCCUAAGCAGCUGCUACUGGAAGGAAGCCCUGGCCUUGUGUGGAAAGAAGCUGCUGAGAACACAGAUAUUGAUUCUAUUUUUGCAGCAAUAGGUGUCUGAUCUUGGAUUUGAAGGAGGAAAUGAAAGUCAUUUUAGUUUUUUGGGGUUUUUGUUUUUUUUUAAGUAAACCCCUCUGAACCCUAAUGGUGUCUCAGUAACUCACAUUGUGAAUUCUGUUAAGAAAGUAACAACUAUUUCGUUAUGUUUUUGUAAACCAGCUUUUUUUAAAUGGCUAAUUUUUAUAUUUUUAAGGGUGUUCCAAAUAACUGAAUAGUCACCAUCCUUUUACCUACCCUUGUCCAGGAACAGUGACUUUGUUACCCUUACUCAGUGUCCCCUCUCUAUUGCCUGACCACAUGUUAAGUGCUGUUGUCAAAUCCACAGUGCAAACAGUUCCCAUCCAUGGCAGAAAGGCUGCAGCUGAUCACUCACUGCUGCUUUGGACAAAAGACUUGCCAAAACCUUUCCAAGCCUUACACCCUUUCCUUCUGUGCUGCUUGUAGAGGGGACAGCCUUGAUGUGCAGUAUUUUUUCUGUUUCAGCAUUUGUUAUGCUUGUUCUGAAAUAAGGAGUUAACUGAAGUUACCUCCCCAUAGCUGUUCCAGAAGUAGGGAAAAGCACAGCUGUGGUCUGUAUUAUCUGCCUUGUAUGAACUGAUCAGUGUACAUUUAGUUAUGAAAUGUGGGCACAAACUUAUGUUUUAUUCAAAAAGCAUACACAGAGCAAAGAGCACAACUUUGUUAGUAGUUUGGGCUUAAGGUCUUUAUACAGAUAACCAAGAUCCAUUUUCAAGGCUUCCUGUCACAGGAACACCCAGUGACAACUGAAACAAUUUUAGAGAAUCAGGAAUCAUCAGCCCUUGAGCUAUCUGAUGCAACACAGGCCUACUUGAAACAGAUUCCUGCCACUGCAGGAAAUUUUAGAGGUCCUUUUCUCAUUUCAUCAAAUGGUAUAAAAAUACCUAAGUAUACCACAUACAAUCAGGUGACGUUUCAGCUGCUUGAAUAUUUCUUAGAAAAGGCUGGCAGACAUCCCAGCAGUGACCUCCAUCCUAAAAAGCCCUUCCAAACAACAUGCAUGAUCUUCCUUCUUAGUGGGCAGCAGGUGCCCAAAUAAUGCCCCAGUGCAGCUUGUGCACAGAUUCAAGACCCAUAGUUUGCUUCAUCAAAGGCCUUUCUGGCUCGUUUCAGUUCUUCAUUCAUAGUUAGGAGGUCUUUAACUCUGGCAAACUUCCGGGGGUCCUUGCGUAUUAGAAAGACAAUGUCCUCAACCUGCACCCGACCCUGCCGCCCGAUGGACAUGGCCUUGUGCGUCUGUUAGAGGGGAAAAAAAAGUCAGCAGUAUUCCUUUGCCAUGGUGCUUUUUUAAGGUCUCUAUUCCACUUUAGUUCCUGUCAUUUCAUAAUAAAAAAGUAAGCAAUUGCAGGUUCUGGGCACCAUCAUCCUCAUCACAAGAGAAUUUCCCAGUAAACCAUGGACUUACUCUGCUGUCACUUAUACCCUGAACAUAACCACUACAUAUAGAUCACUUAAUGGUAUCAAAACGAAGGCCAGAUUACACAUAGGACACCCAGCCUGCAGAAUGGCUGAAGAGUAGGCACGAUUUGGAAGCAGUGUGAGGUAACUGUAUCAGAGGACAGUGUAGGGCAUUUUGAUAAGUAUAGGAAAGACCAGCAUUUCAAUAGAAAGGGGAAUGUUUGGAUACUUAGAAAUGGUAUCCAGGUCUGGAAGAGAAAUGGCCUCAGGCCCAAGAAUGCAUUCCUUUUGUAGCACAGAGCUAAGUUCCCAUCCAUGUACAGACACUGGGCAAACACAAAAAGUUGACAGACUUUCAAAUCUGAGCCAUAUUUUCUGUCAGCUGCACAUACAGUGAUGCCACAGUGA